GGUCACCCAUGAAGAGAUUUGAAAUGCUCUUGUGCUUUCGUCAAAGGUUACCUGCAGGUAACUUCCCAGCAAUCAGCUAAGACUGUGACUAAGCACACAGAGGAACAUGUGAUGACAUGGAGCCUGAAAUAAACUGUUCUGAAUUAUGUGACAGUUUCUCUGAUCAGGAGCUGGAUUGGAGACCCCUUCACCAUCUCUGCAGGACAACAAUUACUUCUUCCCAUCACAUCAGCAAGACUAUUUCUUCAUUAUCUCCAGUGCUCUUGGGUAUUGUUUGGACUUUUCUCAGCUGUGGACUUCUUUUGGUAGUUUUUUUCCUUGGCUUCACGAUUCGCUGCAGGAAGAACAGGAUUGUGAAGAUGUCCAGUCCAAAUCUGAACAUUGUAACCUUGCUAGGCAGUUGUCUGACUUACACUAGUGCUUACCUUUUUGGGAUUCAUGAUCAAAAUGCUUUGGAGGGAAGCUCAAUGGAAACUCUCAUUCAGAUAAGAUUGGCCAUGCUGUGCAUCGGGACCUCCCUCGUGUUUGGCCCCAUACUGGGGAAGAGCUGGCGACUCUACAGGGUGUUUACCCAGAGGGUCCCGGAUAAGAGAGUGAUAAUCAAAGACCUGCAGCUACUGGGGUUGGUGGCAGCUCUGGUGUUAGCUGAUGUGAUCCUGCUCCUGAUAUGGGUACUAACUGAUCCAAUUCAGUGUCUCCAGAUUCUUGGUGUCAGUAUGAUGGUGACAAGGAGAGAUGUGUCCUGCUCUCUGACCAGCACACACUUCUGUGCUUCCCGAUACUCAGAUGUCUGGAUUGCUCUCAUUUUGGGAUGCAAGGGUCUACUGCUACUGUAUGGAGCCUACCUGGCAGGCCUGACGGACCAUGUCAGCUCACCUCCAGUGAAUCAGUCUCUCACCAUCAUGGUUGGGGUCAACCUCAUGGUGCUGGCUGCUGGCCUUCUUUUUGUAGUCACCAGAUAUUUGCACUCCUGGCCCAACCUAGUCUUCGGACUCACUGCUGGAGGUAUCUUUGUUUGCACAACAACUGUCAACUGCUUCAUCUUCAUUCCUCAGCUGAAGCAGUGGAAAGCAUUUGAAGAGGAAAACCAAACAAUCAGACACAUGGCCAAAUAUUUCAGCUCUCCCAGCAAAAGCUUCCAGAACCAGUAUGGUGAGGAUCAGAACAGUCGUGCUAAAGAGAGAAACUCUAUGGAAAGACUCCUCACAGAAAAAAAUGCUGUGAUUGAAAGCCUGCAGGAACAAGUCAACAAUGCCAAAGAGAAGUUAGUGAAGCUGAUGUCAGCUGAAUGUACACAAGACUCCUCAGAGUGGGCUGUGUCUACGUCCUCUUUCCACAACAAGCAUAUUCUGGCCUCUCCCCAGAAUCUAGCAGAUAAAGAGCCUUUGGAAAACCCUGGUGACUCUCAGAAAAAUACAAGUACAGCUUCUCAAGGCUACCAAAAUCCAUCCAUACCCACCUCAAGCAUACCUAGCCUCAAGGGACCAGGGCAGAAGGAAACUGUAUCAGACUUGAAAGAUUUUUCUGGUCAUUUAAAUUUGGGCUAUAGCCAGAAGUCAGGGAUUGAGAAAAACCAGGGCACAGAAAGAAGAGACGACAAUCAAAAAACUCCCCACCAGAGUCUCAGACCUGCUGGAGAAAGUUCUGUUCCCCAGAGACAGGGGCAGCUGGAGAAUUCAGAGAAACCCCAAGAACGUCUGACAAGGGUUGACUCAGUGAUAAGGGAGAAGCUUCAGGAAGUUCUACAAGAUCUGGGCCUGGGCUCUGAGGCUCCCAACCCUUCCUCCCCAUCUACUCCCCAGCAGCCCUGGAAGAACAAAACUGACCUCAAGUCCCAGAAUAUUCCUUUCUCCAAAGAGCUGGGCUUUAGCCCAUACAUGGUGCGAAGAAGGCGGGCAACUUCACGGGCUCACUUACACUUUCCUGGCUCCAGGCCCUCCAAUGGAGGGCAUCAAGAAAACAGGAAUGUUUCUGGGGAGCAUAGAGGACUGACUGUGCAGAACAGGGAGGCACCCAAUCUGGAUGCCCAAACUACUACUUCCAGGGUACCAAGACGCUCUUCUAGGAAGCCUGUGCUCCAUUCAGGUAGUCAGGGCAAGCUAGUCACCCUAGACAGCAGCAGAUCAGGUCAGGUGCAACUCCAGGCAUUUGAAAGCAGCACAUCAACCUUUCCUUGCCAGCCCUCUGGCACUGGUCAGGCACAGAGUCCUACCAGUGCCUCCCUAGACCUGCAGCUACAGCCUCUGGAAUCCCCAAGAGGCCCUCGUCUUCCUUUUCCAGGCAAUUACUUUGACACUGAGUCCAGCAGCUCCGACGAAUUUUUCUGCCACUGCCACCGGCCAUACUGUGAAAUCUGCUUCCAGAGUUCAUCGGAUUCCAGUGACAGUGGCUCAUCAGAGACUGACCCUGAGCAAACUGCAGGGCUAUCUUCUUGGGAAAAACAUUGGUCCCACUCAAAGCCAGUCGUGAACUUCAAAGAUGACUUAAAACCCACACUGGUGUGAACAGCAGUAGAGCAGAU